AUGACGCCGGGACCGUCGCCAGCCAUCUCAUCGUCUUCGGCCUUGAUCAAGAGAGAUCGCUCUCACACAGCAGACGACGCCGCUGCCCAAGCCCAGCCGGAUCGAUCCCAAAAGCGCACCAGGGUUCGUCAGGCGUGUAAUCGUUGCAAGGCUCGCAAGAUCAAAUGUGGCGAUCUCAGACCUUGCAAGAACUGCACUUCCUUAGGUCUUGUCUGUCGAGACUGGCGCCCCGGUGAGGAUCCUUACGACCAGACUCCCUUUGCUCAACCAGCUGGUCCAUCUUCGUCCGCGAUCGCCUCCGACACACUUUCAGACCAAUGGCCAUCCUCAGACCAUCAGCUUCGAGCACGAGGCGCUGUAUUCGCACAUGAUCACACCGACACACAUCCUGGCCGCGCCGGCCGGUCUGCUGAUCGAGAGAGUAGAGCAGAACGCUCGAGCUCCGCCAUUCCUUGGCCCAACACACCUUAUGAACGAUCCAGUCACACCGUCGCCUGGCCUCCCAAGCCAGACCCGACCCGGCAUCGGUACCUUGCCUACCCCUACGACUCUAUUUAUCGAAAUGAAUUCGGUCACCUCAAAGCUUUGUCUCUUUCGUCGGGGCUGGGCACGCUUUCCUAUCUUCACGAGUAUCACAAGUUGGCCAACGAGCAAUUCCUCGACGCUCUCUGGCAAGUGCUCGAGGGUGAAAAUCAGGACAUGCAAAUGUUUGCCCUCGAAAACGAAUCUCUUUCGCCUCACUCCCACGCCAGCCACUUGAGCACAGGUCUCGGUGCGCCAACAGCAGCAGCUUUCCCUGACUCUCUUGCAGCCGACUGGUCGCUCGGUGGCGCCCCUUCGCUCAACGUCCCCUUCACAUUCGAUGCAGCCGCUGGACCCACGCCUGAACGCUUUCCAUCCAUGCAAAUCCCCACCAAACCUACUCUCUCGGUCGCCAGUAGUUCCUCCGCAGAGACUUCUCCUGCAAAUGCCACAUCAAACCUGCAAGAUGCACGGUCUAGCCGAUCUCGCGGCUUUACCAAUGCUGCUGCCAGCACCACCAAAAAGGACGAAGCAACUAUCGCGUCCAGACCAGAUCAGCCCGCCAAGACUUACUUCGAAGCCGGGCCUCCUCCCGAGGAUCUCUGGGCUUUCAUGGGCACCAAAAUUCCACAACAGCAUAGACGCUCCCUCCUGCAUACUUUCCUGUCCACCACCUACGUCUUGUGGCCUACUUUCAUCCUCUCCGAGUUUCUUGCUACGCUCAAGGACGAAUUGGAACGACGGAAUCCGACCUUCGUCUGCCUUGUCAUCGCUUGUUGCGCCGUGGCCGCUCGCCAGGAAGCAGGAAGCGUCAAAGGUGGGCACGCGGCUGAAUGGGGCCGCACUUUUGGCUUCUUCGAGCUAUAUCUAGACAUCCGAAGGCUCGCCCCUCGAAACACGGACUGGGCCAGUCUCAACCACAUCCAAGCACUCUUCUACCUCUCCCACUAUUGCUUUGGCGCUUCCGGCCCUUUUGGAGUCACGAGAGCACAUUACCUCAUGAAUGGCUGCGUCUCGAAGUGCUUCGACGUCGGUCUCCAUCGCUCUGCAGAGACCUACACAGACGCCUUCACACCUUCCGAGAUCGAAGCCCGUCGUCGCACCGUCUGGGCGGUCUAUUGCGGCGAUAAGAUCUCGGCCGCCUAUGGACGUCCCGUCAUGCUCCGUCUCUCUGACAUGGACGUACCCGAACUCGACGUCGACUCCGACGAGUACACGGAAAGAUUGCCAGCUGCAACGUCGUUCGAUCGGGCCUGCACCCUCCGACCAUGGCACCGUGCUGCCAUUCGCCUCUUUUGUGUCCUUGAACGUGUCAUUGACAAGAUCAACCUCCCAGCCUGCAGUGCUUCGGCAGCCCUCGAGCGCGUCAUGCGAAAGAAACCUAAGCGACCCAGACAAUCCGAGAAUCACGAUGAGAGUUGCAUGGCCGAUCACGAGCCCAUUGGUUUCGAAGAAGAGAUCGAACUGGUCGACGACUUUCGCUUUGCAGAUACUCCCACCCCAACAUCGGCACACGACGACGAUCCCAUGUAUCAGGCACAUGUCGAACGACUUCGUACAACAGCAGCCUUCAUUAAGAUCUUUAUCUAUCGCCAUCUCUUCUGUAUGGCUAACUUGAAUUUGUCACGCGAGCCACCGAGGAUCGAUUACCGCGACGAAAUGGUCAAAUGGUGCCGCGAACUACUCCUCUCCCAACGCAAGAUGAUUCAGCGUGGAGACUACACCGACUUUGGCUCGGUCAUGUCGUACCAGCUCAGCCAGACCGGCCGAGGUCUGAUUCCUGCCAUCUAUAUUACGUCACGACUCAUGGAUCCAUCCCAAGAUCCGAACUCGAGCGCCGUCCUGAAGGAGGCACAAGAGCUGCUCGUGCUCGCGUACGAUUUGCUUCGACAACUAUCUGACCGCUUCACCGCUUCAAAUCGACAGCUUCAGAUCAUGCAAUCUGCAUUCCGACGUCUCGACCUCAGCUUGAAAAAGAGGCAUCACAAGGUCGGCACGACGGGGGCACACGAUUCCGCGUCGCACACUCACGGCAACACGGAGCGCAACGGCGCACAGGGCGUCGUAGCAGCCAGCUCUGCAGAUAAAGAGAUGACGAGCGGGCUCGAUCUCAUAGCCGGUGUGGCCGGUGCUGAGCUGCUCGGCGCCGAAGGGCUCGGAGAGUCCAACGCCAGCAAUGAGGAGGAGGACGAAUUCGAAGAUGACCUGGACAGGGAUAAGAAGCCGGGGUGGAUCUCGGAUCUGCCUAUCAAUCAGCCGGCGGACAAGACCGCCCCGCACCCGGUCAGCGCCUUCGUGGGGUGGCCACCUUCUUCUGGCUUACCUCCUCGCGAAGAAUGA